UUUUCAACAACCCGGAAGUGCUGUUUGUUUUCGUCGUAUCAGGGAAGAUUGAAGCACACUGAGUUCACCUUAGAAGAAAUAGAGGAAAAAGCAAAAUGCAGCCCCCCAGGGAUAUUCCACCUUCCCAGCAUCCCUCAGUGUUUAGUCCCCUGCCCUAAACACCAUCAUCCCCCUCCCGAGACACCAAAGCCAAGGUCAAGAAGAAAGUGCAGCCUUCCCCUGGCUACAGGCGAUUCCCUGGAUGCUUCCACCUUAGCACGGCUGAGCUGUGUAUGCUUCAGGAGCGUUCCCGCCUCCUUUAUUGUGACCGUCAGUUUCAAGGUCAGCUCCACGGGAGAGCAGGUAUGGAAAGAGAGGACAACCACGUUGACCCUCAGACUCCGGUCCUGCGCAUCAGUCAGCUCGAUGCCCUCGAACUCGACUCAUCCCUCGAGCAGCUCAUAUGGACCCAGUUCUCCCAGUGCUUCCAGAACUGCCGCCCAGGUCUCCUCACCCCGCUGGAGCCUGAAUUGAAGGCCCUGCUGCAGCUGUUUUUAUGGAGGUUCACAUUGUAUUCAAACAGCACCACUGUGGGCCAGUCUCUACUGAGCCUGCGCUACCACAACGUCCUCUCCUCGACUCCCCGUUACAGACCUCUGACCCGCAGGCAGAAGCUGGCUCUGGUCCUGCUCACUGCAGGUCCACGCUGGCUCCAGGAGCGCUCCCACAGCCUGCUGAUGGGACUGGGCUUGAGCCCAGGACUGUCUGAAGGACACAGGGGUCUGCUCCAGAAAGGUCUCCGCAGUUCCUUGAUCUUUAUUUCUAGCAUCUCGCAGCUCACCAGCCUCCUCAACUUUCUUGUGUUUCUGAGGAACGGACGGCAUCCUGUCCUGGCUGAGAGGAUAGUGGGAGCUCGUGCAGUUUUCAGCAAGCCCAACGUGACCAGGGACGUGGCCUACCAGUACAUGAACCGCGAGCUGCUGUGGCACGGCUUCGCUGAGUUCCUCAUCUUUCUGUUGCCGCUCAUCAAUACGAGGAAACUGAAGGCAUCGCUGUCUCUGUUUGUCUUCGGGGGAGGAAGCGCAGACAGAAACGGGGCAACGGAAGGAUCAGGAGUUUGGAGAGAGUGCGGACUCUGCGGGGAGUGGCCGACCAUGCCUCAUACGGUGGGCUGCCAACAUGUUUUCUGCUACUACUGCAUCAAAAGCCACAGCAUCGCAGACGCAUAUCUCACCUGUCCUAAAUGUGGGGCGGACGCAGGGCAGCCUGAGCCGGUGCACAUGGAGUUGGAAAUGAUGGGCAGGUGAUCGCCUGAGGAAGGGACUUUUGAAAUGUUGUGGAAAUUCUUCUUAAAUUUGCCUUUUUUUUAGUAAUAAUACAACUUUCUAAUAAUAAAAUGUUUUGUAAAGACAGAGUUAUAUUUAAACAUCAUGAAGGAGGUGAUCAGAAUCUGCUCUGAGCAUCAAGCUGAACAAAGAUAACCGUGGAUGAGUUUAUGACUGGACUUCAGUCUUUAUGAUGUCAGUGUCUUUUCUGAACACACAUCGACCUGCUGUGUUUAAUGUAUGUGUGCAUAUAUUGACAAUCCUCUGCCCCAUCCAUUUCUCCGGCUGGACUUUGGACAGAACUAUUUGUCUUCGGAGCUCUGGACAGACUGCAGAGAACCACACAGAGCAUAUAUUUGAUGAGGGAACGUGUUGAUUUAUGCUCCAAAUUGGCUGAGCACAAAUUUGUGUGUUUGUGAAUGAGUGUGUGUGUGUGUGUGUGUGUGUGUGUGUGUGUGUGUGUGUGUGUGUGUGUGUGUGUGUGUGUGUGUGUGUGUGUGUGUGUUUGUUGAAAUGGGAAUAUUUGUUCUGAUGAAAAAUGCAGAAAGUCAGCUGAAUAAAUAAUGGAAGGAAUUUCUGAUGCCUCUCAUCAUGGCCAAAUUAGCAUUUGUUGUGUAUUUUGUGCCUAAAUUGUAUUUCAACAUCAUUAAAAUUGAUAGAGUGCUA